AGACAAAAGCCAUACAGCAGUUUCCUCCCUGUCUCUCCCUCCUUCUCCGAACACACAAAAUCUCUAUUUAAUGGCAUCAUAACCUCCCUGUUUCUUAUCCACAUACUUUUGUCUGAACUUCUUGUUCGCGGUAUCGUUGUAGCAUCAAAUGCUCUCCGUUUCCUACCAAAACAAUCUCUUCUCCAAGUACAGCAAAAUCCCUUUUGAGAGUACCCGUGUUUAGUUUUCAAGAAAGAAAGAAAAAGAAGAGCAAAUUUAGGGUUGUAUAAUUUAAGGUUACUGUCAAACAAAUCAAACCUUCACCAGAAAUCUGGUACUGAGUCUCUUGUGUGGCAUAAACAUGAGGUGCUUUUCUUUCUAUCUCACAAACUUAACAAAUCUCCUCAACUUUCUUUUCCCAUUUCUUAUUAAAAUCCCAUCAAAGUGUUUGCCUGUGCAAAUUGAGAAUAUGGUCGCUUUGGUUUCUCGUACUGGCAGACAUCUUCAACGUUAUGAGAAAGGCUAUCGCCUUGUUGUAGGGUGCAUUCCAUAUAGAUACAAGAAAUCACAGGAACCAACUUCAGUUGAAGAAUUAGAAGUCCUUGUCAUUAGUGCGCAAAAUGGUCAAGGAAUGUUGUUCCCAAAGGGAGGAUGGGAAAAUGAUGAAUGUAUGGAAGAGGCAGCGAAGCGAGAGACGGAGGAGGAAGCAGGAGUUAUUGGUGUUGUUCAGGAUAAAUUAGGCCCAUGGCAUUACAAGAGUAAAAGGAGUUGCAUAAUGCAUGAGAGCUACAUGUUUCCUCUGCUUGUUCAAAAAGAAUUAGACUGUUGGCCGGAGAAAAAUAUCCGAAAACGAAGAUGGGUUUCUAUUAAUGAAGCUAGAGAAGUUUGUCAUAAUUGGUGGAUGCGAGAAGCUUUAGAAGAAUUAUUUAGGCAACAAAGUCGAAAUCUCCAAGCACAAAGUUAGGAAACCUGGAACAAAUGCAGCAACUGCUUGUAAAUUGAACAUUUGUCAACGGCCAUAGGGUUUUCAACCUAGAAUAGGUUACUGAGCAUCUUGUAGAUGAAGUGCAAAUGGUGGUCGUCUUUAUUAGUUGGUGUACAAAUUUUGAUUCAUUGAUUCUUUCGAGCAAUAAACUCGAUUCUUUACCA